AUGGAUGCCAGAAACAGCUCGCCACGGCGGGAAAUGGAAGGAGCCCAGCAGCCUAGUGGAUUUCCAAUCCUUAGUGAUAAUGACAAUUCAAUUGGAACUUCCGAUGAUGCCCCUCCACUGCUCCCCCCUUCGCAGCAGGAAAUAGGAACAAGACAUACCUUGGCCACUGAGCCUUUUCAACCCAUCUUGGAGGUGCUAGCAGACCUCGAACGCGUCGAUCCAGAUUUCUACUUUCUAGCAGCUCGACUUGUUGGGCUCUAUCGACACCUAUGGGAGUCGUGCGUGUCUAAGCACAUUGGUGGAGAGAUGCUAGAGCAAAGCAAUCAAAAGUUGAAGGAAUCUAGCAUGAACUUGAGCAACAAGAGAGAUGGCCUUCAACUUCGCCACGACAAGCAACUAUCUCAGCUGCGCCAUUUUGAGCAGGCAUUAGAACCAUCUCGGGAACGACUGAUUAGCCUGCUCGAUGACUGGAAUUACCCAUUUAGGCCCAAUCUGAUGGGGCUGCCGGACGUUGUAAAGGAAGGGUGA